UCCGAGUGAUUGCAUAAUAGGAAAGUUAGAUCUCAAUAAUGGCUGGAUUUCAAGCCGCAAAGAGUUGUGUCCUACUCAGUAGGAAUUCAUUGCUUAGAAGUAAAUGUCAUCAAAGAUUAAGAGUACUAAAAGUAAAACGAUGGCUAAGCUGCAGCUCUUAUUCAUUAGGUUCAUCUUAUGAUUACGAUCUAGCAGUUAUUGGUGGAGGAUCUGGUGGCUUAGCAUGUGCAAAAGAGGCUGCUGGUUUUGAUAAAAAGGUAAUUGUCCUAGACUAUGUAGACCCAUCACCUCAAGGAACAAAAUGGGGCCUUGGAGGAACUUGUGUAAAUGUUGGCUGCAUUCCAAAGAAAUUACUUCACCAUGCUUCACUUCUCAGAGAGUCUAUGCAUGAUGCUAAACAUUAUGGAUGGCAAGUUCCAGAUGAAGUUCAUUUAUCAUGGUCUACUUUAGUAGGUGGUAUACAAGGUCAUGUGAAGUCACUGAAUUGGGGUCACAGAGUUCAACUCAAAGACAAGAAUGUUGAAUAUGUGAAUGGAAAAGGUUCUUUUAUUGAUGAACACACGGUGAAGGUCAAGAUGAAAGAUGGAAAAGAGACCCAAUUAUCAGCUGCAAACAUAGUCCUUGCUACCGGAGGGAGACCCAAAUACCCAGAUAAGGUACCUGGUGCAAUGGAGUAUGGCAUUACUAGUGAUGACAUUUUUUCUCUUAAAACUCCCCCAGGAAGGAGCUUGGUGAUUGGUGGAAGCUAUGUUGCUUUAGAGUGUGCUGGUUUCCUCCAUGGUCUUGGCUUCCCUACGACAGUAAUGGUACGGUCCAUCUGCCUCCGGGGAUUUGAUCAGCAAAUGUCCAGGCUUGUAACUGACCAUAUGGAAGCUAGUGGAAUCCAGUUCCUAUGGCAACAGGUCCCAGAGAACGUAGCAAAAAAUCAAGAUGGCAGCUUGAAUGUCAAGUGGAGGUCAGGCCAAGGCCAGGAAGGUCAAGGAGAAUUUGACACUGUCAUGUUUGCUGUCGGUAGACAACCAGAGACUACCCAACUUGGCCUGGACAACACCAGGAUUCAACUCUCGGCAGGAGGAAAGGUCAUUGAGUCAGAAGAACAGUCUCCGGUCUCUCAUAUACAUGCUAUUGGAGAUAUUCUUGAGGGUGGAAUAGAGCUAACUCCAGUAGCUAUCAGAGCUGGAAAGCUUUUAGCACAAAGAUUGUUUGGCCAAGGCACUGAACGUAUGGACUAUGAACAGGUAGCCACUACAGUGUUCACUCCGUUAGAAUACAGCAGCGUGGGUCUCUCAGAAGAGUUGGCUAUAGAACGAUAUGGUGAAAAACAUAUAGAAGUUUAUCAUGCCUUUUAUAAACCACUUGAGUAUGCAGUAUCAAAUAGGUCAGCUGAACAGUGUUAUAUUAAGGCUGUUUGUCAAGCAGAAGGUAGUCAGAGAAUCAUUGGCCUCCACAUCACUGGACCUGGUGCAGGGGAGAUUAUGCAAGGGUUUGCAUUGGCUGUCAAAAUGGGAGCUUCAUACAAUCAGCUGUCUUCAACUGUUGGUAUUCAUCCCACCUGUGCUGAAGAAGUAGUCAAGCUUCACAUCACUAAGAGGUCUGGUCUUGACCCCACGGUCACAGGUUGCUGAGGUUAAAGGUCAUUUCCCUAUCACACGGCAUGUAGGCCAUAUGUGAGAGUCUAAUAAGACAGUUCAAAUAAUGAUGUUAAUAUGUAGGAAUGUGGCUUCUGUGAGCCACAACAAAAUAACCUCUGUAAAUCUCCCCCCCUGGAGAAAAAAAAAUGCUGUCAUUCUUAUUGUAUGCAAAGAGACAUUUUCAAUUUCAAAAGGCAUAUUUCUUUAUUGUUGAGAAGAACUCUCUUGUAUGGCCCAUGCUUGGGGAAAUGACAAGCAAAUUUUAUUCAAUAUGAUAUAUGUGAUAAUGCUGUUAUGAUGGAUCAUCCAAAAACCAUUCUUUGGUAGGCUGAUCUUGAUGUGUUGCAUUGUCAAAAUAUUUUUGUACUCUGUCUUGGCCGAUAUACAUGUGUAUACAAUAAUAUUGUUUGAAUAAUCUUAUAUAUUUUAUGUUAUGUAUAAUGUAGAGGGCACUGUUACAUGAAGCCUGUUGGCACUGAUUAAUUUCUGUUCUCUGACAUUUACUUUAGUAACAGUCAGAAACUAAUGUUUACAAUUAAAUCCAGGGAUUCUCUGAUUCAUUACUAUUCCUUCUUGAUACAGUGCUCUCAUGUUAUAAAUGUAAUAAAAUAAUUUUGAAAAGCCUGUUUUUAAGUGGAGUGAGGACAUUGUUUUUGAAAGAAUUUAAGGACCAUGACAAAAAUAUUGACUUGUCAUAUCUAGUAUUUAAUACUACGAAAUGUGUGAAGCAGAAAAAUUCAAUUCAAAACAAAGAAAAUCAUUUCAGAAAAGUCCCACGUACUUGUGUGAUAGAAUUGCUCAAAUGUCUUGAUUUUAUUCCUUGUACAUCCUCAAGUACUUGGACAGAGUCCUAGAUGUUGAAAUUCCUGUUUUCAUUGAGUUUUACUAAUUGUCAAGACUUGCUUAUAUUCAUAACUAUCAUGUAAGAAUAUUUGAUUUCUCCAAUCCCUCUGUUUAGAGAAGGGGAGGGAAGUGGGAUAUCAUAAUUCUGGUUUCAAUAUAUUAAUUGUAAAGUGCAUAGAGAGUUGAAGACCUAAACCAGAACUGAUAGUGAAAUUGACAAAUGGAUCUUUUAUGAGCUACAAAGCAAAACAUUGUUAACGUUUCUUGCAUACCAGUAUUCACUGCUUGCAAGCUGAGUAUUUUGAUUUAAGAAAAACUGUGGGUAGCAAAAUAAUAGUUACCCACAAGUCACACAUAAGGCUUGCAUGGAACGAUGUGACAGGGCCUUUUGUUCUUGCUUUUAUUUGGCCUAAAUUGCUAUGUCAGGAAACACUCUUACACAGAAUUUGAAUGCAGAUAUAGUUUGAAAGCUGCACCAAAUCACCUGAAAUUUUCAUAAAUUUCAUAACUUUAGUCAUACAGAAAAGUUUUUUUAUUUCUAUGAAUAAAUGUCACUUUUAUGAUGUGGAGGAUAUCAAAUGAACAAUCGUUUUACAGGAUAAAUUUUGCAAUUUUACAUGAAAAUUUCUUUUUGAUCAGGUUCUGGAUCAUAAUAAAAUAUCUGGUGUUUUUUUCAAUUUGAUAUUUUAUGAUAUAAAAUUUGUAGUUGCUAAGUGUCAAGUCCGUUAGUUUGUAAGAUAAUACCCAAAGAGCCAUUUUAAAUUGCCUAGAGAGGCCGCUUGAUAUGUUUGAUUUGGAUAUUUAAAUGUUGUGCAAAAACAGAGAAUUGGCGGUUGAAAUGUUAGAUGAUACACAUAUAUUAUGAUUCACAUUAUUGAUAAAAAAUUAUUUUUUAUUCAUCCAACAUUUUCCUUUGUCUGAGCCUUAUAUUGCUGCUUUUGUGCAUCUGUAAUUCUGUAUCUGUGCGUUUGUAUUACUUUAUCGUCUAUUUCUGGUCUUAGAUAUUGUCAACUCUUCAAUUGGUUUUCUCUUACAAGUGCCCAGAAGGAAAAACCAGUUCCACUUGACCAGUUAGACCAGUAGAAUUUUACUGGUCUAACUGGUCCAGUUAAAAUUGUACUGGUCCAGUUAAAAAUUAAACUGGUCUUGAAUUACUGGAAUUUUAUACUGGUCUUUUUCUGGUCUCACUGGUCUUCAUACUGGUAUCCAACUCAAGCUGUUCUUUACUGGUAUUUUCUACUGGUCUGACUGGUCCUCGUACUGGUCUUACUGGAUCAAUUUAUUACAUGAAUUUGGUUUGUUAUAUACCAUGGUCAGUGAAAUGUGAUGGGAAAGAUGGUUAGUAAAUUAAUCUUUCUGCUGUUAUUUUAAAUGUGAUAUAUGAAAUUACACAUUUCCAUUGUGAAUUAGUUCACACACUCAUUUAGAAAGUUUUUAAACAACAAUGAGUGCCAUUGCAAGUAUAUUCUAUUCUAAAUCCUGAUUUUUCUCUUAAAAAUAGGAAAUAUGCAAAUGAGGUAAGCCACGUGAUCAGCAUCAUCAGAAUUACUGGUAUUACUGGUCUUGACCAGUUCAACUUCAAACAAUGAAUUACUUUAGACCAGUUGACUAUAUCAGAGGAAUAUAUCUGGCUUUGAUCUUAAUCAUAAUCAAAGGAAAUAAUUAUUUUAAUGAUAAUGUGAUACUUGAUAAUUAUGAUAAUAAUAAUUAGUGUCAAUAACAAUGAUAACAGUAAUAAGAAUGAUAACAAUGAUCAUAAUAAUCAUAAUAAUAAUAAUUAUAAGAAGAAUGAUGAUAACAAUGAUAAAUGAUAACGAUAAUAACUUUCUCUGAAUUGCAAGAUUCAUUUUCCAUAAUUCGUCAAAUGAUCUGACUUGAAAUAAAGUCAUUAUUCAUUGGACCAGCAACACCAGUUUGAUGAAAAACAAUCGGAAUGCAAUUGUUUGAACUGGUCUCCAGUUGAUUUUUACUGGUCCAGUUAAAAAUCAACUGGUCCAGAAAACAUAUACUGGAAACCAGUAAAAAUCUACUGGAAACCAUUUAUUGGACCAGUAACACCAGUUUGAUGAAAAACAAUUUAACUGGUAUUACUAAUUGCUUCAACUGGAAUGCAAUUGUUGGAACUGGUCUCCAGUUGACAUUUACUGGUCCAGUUAAAAAUCAACUGGUCCAGUAAACAUAUACUGGAGUCUGGAAACCAGUAAAAAUCUACUGGAAACCAUUUAUUGGACCAGUAACACCAGUUUGAUGAAAAACAAUUUAACUGGUAUUACUAAUUGCUUCAACUGAAAUGCAAUUGUUGGAACUGGUCUCCAGUUGAUUUUUACUGGUCCAGUCAAAAAUCAACUGGCCCAGUAAAAAUAUACUGGAAACCAAUAAAAUUCUACUGGAAACCAGUAAACAUUCUUACUGGUUUUUCCUUCUGGGUGCUGAUGUGCAUAGGCCUAUUUGAUCGGUUAUUUGUCAUGGACACAAAUUUACCCCAACAGUCUACUGUUCUAUCUUAAUCUUUAAUUUAGUAAGUGCAAUAAAAGUGGGAUUGGAAAAGAAGGUAAUCAGCUUUUGUAAUUCAUGUAUUUUUUUCUUGAAUUAUGCUUUUGGUGAAUCAGUUAGGAUUCCUGUAAGAAAAGACAAAAAAUACAUUGAUUAUAUAGUUUCAUUUCUAGCUCAUCCAUAGAUACAUUUUUGAUCGUAUUACUAGUUUAUAUUUUGUAAAGAAUUUGCCAUAAGUAUGUGUAUUGCGGGAAGGGGGUUAUUAUAAGGAAUUAAAGUUCAUUUUUUAUGAGAUGAUUGCAAACAUUUUUCUUCAGAAA